AUUUUUUCAUUGAACAAAGUUUUCAUUUUAUAAUUUUUCGUGAAUAACUUCAUAUUGCAUCGGUUAUCGAAUUUCAACAAAUUAAGAUAUUCUUAACUUAAAUUACAUCAAAGGAUAUUGAAUUCAGGCAGUAACGAUGUCUUGGCGUGGCCGGGACGAUCGCGCGAGCCGCUGGGGGGACAAUCGGAGUCGGUCGCCAUUGUGGGAAGUGCGUCGCAGCAAAAGUCCUGAUAGAAGCCGUCUAUCCCCGUCUAGGGACCGUCCACACCGGGAUCGACAUAAUAGAUAUGACCGCGAUCGCCGAGACCGGGACCGCGAUCGGGACUCGGAUCGGUACAGCCGUCGCGACCGCUACGACAAACCUCGCGACAGAGAUCGUCGACGAUCCCCGCGACACCACGAUGAGAGAGUGCCUUUACCACCUUCACCUCCUAAAAUUACAGCCAGUGAUCUCGACAAAAGACCAGAGUCCCAGUCCAGCAGUCGAUCCGACAGCCGAGAGCGACAAGAUAGCAACGUCGAUAGUUAUGAAGGAAAAUACGAAAGAGAGAAACAUGACGACAACCAAGCUCCGAAUCACGCCUCCCCGGGCGACUGGAUUUGUCAGUGUGGUUCGUACAAUUUUAAAAGGCGUCAAAUUUGCUACAGACGAAAUUGCUCGGGGAAAAGAUCAGAAGGUACAAUAUAUGGUGGUGAUUCAGACAGAAGUGGAAGCUUAGACUCAGGGGCCGGUAUUACCAAACGCUUGCUUUUCAGACGUCUCGAUGCUUUGACAACUGAAGAAAAAAUCUUAGAAGCUAUUAAAAACAGCUGUUCAAAGUCGGUUCUAGAUUCAAUUGCCGGUAUUACUAUUGGUAGGGAGACAUUAACUGGAGCGUCCAAGUGCUUAGCAUACAUUAAUUUUAAUUCCAUAGCUGAUUCUACAGCUGCUCAUUCUGAACUCUUAGCACUAGAACCCCCUUUAAAAAUAGAUGGUAGAGAAGUAUUAAUUAGCUUUUAUAAUGAGCCUCAAAAGAUUUCAAAACCCGUCAAUUCUACUGAUUAUAGUGCAUACUAUGCAUCAACAACUGCAUACAAUUCUUCUCAGUCAAUAUCAGAGGCAGACCGAGUGAAUGCUGCUGCAGCAGUCGCUCAAUCUGCUAUAUCAGCAGCCCAGGCUCGUAACAUGACCUGGGCUUCUAGCGUUACUCCCUCCCAGAGCGCUACUAAUGUCAAAGCUCCCACUGGAGACGGUAAAACUGUUUACACUGCUCCAGAUGUAAGUACAUUUUUAUAUGAUGCUUCUUCUGGAUACUAUUAUGACCCAGCAACUAGUUUAUACUAUGAUGGUAAUACUCAAUACUUUUAUAAUAGUCAAACGAGCCAAUAUAUGUACUGGAAUGCAGCAACAUCAACAUAUGUGGCUGUUGUACAAAAUCAGACUAACGAGAGUGGCAAGCCAGCUGAAACAAAGGAGCCAGAGGAAAAGAAAAAGAAAGAGAAAGAGGAUAAAGUAAAGGUAGCUAAAAAGAUAGCCAAGGAUAUGGAGAGAUGGGCUCGCACAUUAAAUCAGAAAAAAGAAAAUGCUAAAAGUAACUUUGUUAUGGAACAGCCACUCGACACAAGUGCUAGUAAAGGUUCAGCAGAUAUUGGCUUUUCCGUCCUCGGUGCUGGACCAUCGCUGACUCAUGUGCGAGAAAUAUCACCACCUGCUGUACACAAUGAAGAAUUUUUAAUAAAGAAAACAGACUCUGCAUCGGUAGACCUAGAUGAAGGUAUAAUAGAUUGGGCUAAACUGACUUGCUUACUAUGUAAACGAAAAUUCCCUUCUGCAGAUGUUUUGAAUAAGCACAAAACUUUAUCUGACUUGCAUAAGCAGAACUUAGCUGAAUUCAAUAGGAAAAAUGAUCUCUUACCACAAACAAAUGGCUACAGGGACAGAGCAGCCGAGAGAAGAUUGAAGUUUGGGGAAGAUGAGCCCCCACCAAUCAGAAAGAGGUACGAACCACCUGAAAUUCUUACAUCGGCUGUGUCCUAUCCACCUCCCUCAGUUGUGGACACGAUUGGUGGCAAAAUGCUUCAAAAGAUGGGUUGGUCUGAGGGUAAAGGCCUGGGUAAGGAAGAACAGGGAAGGAUCAAUCCCAUUGAGGCAGAACAACGACCAAGUCUGGCUGGAUUGGGACAAAAGAGGGGCAUAUAUACUCCUACACCUGGUUUGACAUACAGAGACACUGUGAAGAAACUUAUGAUUGCCAGAUAUAAAGAAGUGGUUGGCCAAGAAGAGGACGGAAAGUAAGAGGUGAGUUAAACCUUUCUUAAAAGUAAUUAAUCAUUGUUUGUUACAGGUUGGAUUUUCCAGGUCAGUUUAAUAUGGAAAAACAUUGCAAUUGUUAUUAAAAAACCAGAAACAUGACUCCAUAUUUUUAUAAUAUUGUGUAUAUCCAUUCAUUUUUAUCCUAUGAUACGGUACUUAUAAUUUUGCUGCAACUUCUGGUACUGAAAGUUACCUUCACAAUUUUUUGCACAAUUAAGUCAUUGUUUUAUAAAUUAUAAUACAUCAUUGUUUAAAUUGUAUUAUUUAUAACUAUUCUACCUUAUAAAUAAAUAAUAAAUAAGGAGGGACCAACUAAUCCAAAAUAUAAGACAAUGACAGCAACAUGGAUUUGUUAGUCAUGUCUUAUUCUUUUUUUCUUCAUAAAACCAUCUAUGUAUUAAAUUAUAUUUAUUUAUUUGUAUAGAAUUUCUUAUAUUUUUUUUGUGUACUAACUAUGUCUAACAGAAUGCUACAAAACCAUCCUAACAUUAAUUCAAAAUUUUACAACAAUAUUCUAAGCGACUACAGUUAUGGAACGAAGCAAAUAAAUAUUUUCUUCAAUUGAUAUAUGGAUUCGGUGGCUAGAAGGGAAAAAUACUGGGUUUGUCAUAAAGUGUUGUUGAAUCAUAUUUUAAUCUUUUGAUUCUGUCUUCACAAAAAUAGAUGUGGUGCCUGGGUUAUCGAUGGGCCUGCGCUAAGAUCUGCCUAGCAUAAACUCAGUAAGUAUUUAAGUUAGCCUUUGCAAAGACUAAUAUUUUUUUCCUAACAGGUUUAUUGAUUUUGCCUUCCUAUACA